AUGAAAGGCAUAUACUGGAGUCUCUUUGAUAUGGAUUGUAUUGGCUUUAUGUCAAGAAGUGGCUUUGAUGGAAAAUCAUUAUCAGACAAGAACUUCACUAGCGCUGUUUGUACCGUUGAUACUGCAUUGGAAUUAAUUUAUGAGCGGCCUGUUCGUGCUGCUAAAGACUCUUUGGCACUUGUUGGUAUUGCUACAAAGAUCGAUUUAAGUACUGCUACAAUAUAUAGACUUGAUCCUGGAGUUCACGAUGUUUCUGUUGCUUGUGACAGUCUUAGAACUGGUGGUGGCCAAAAUAGGAAAAGAUAUAGAAUACGUAAAGCUUCCACAGGCAAUACUUAUGCACGCGGCUUGAUUUAUAACACUCUGUCAACAAGGAAAUGUAGCUGGAACCGAUUCAAUGAAGCUUUACGAUAUAUACUUCGGAACUUUAAGACAAUCAAAGGCUAUUACUCGACCGGCUUUAGAGAGCUCAGAUAUCAUUGUUAUAGAAACAAGAAGAAGGCACUAGAUAAAAUGUGUAAGCGGCUGUUUACAGGGAGCAGGGAAUACCGAGAGAAAGAGGUGCCAAGAUGCAACAAUAAUGGUGAGGCCAAAAGGCCUACUUUGGUGGCGUCUGGUACUGCUCGUCUUAGUGAACUCUAUGGGAGCAUAGCUCGGUCAACAAAGAGAUUCAGAGCGACUUUGCUAAAUUACAUCGAAUCGACUAGACACAACCAAGCUCACGCGGCAAAAUGUGUCGUUAUGAUCGAUGAGUAUCUUGCGAGUCAAAUAUACUCCGGAUGUCAUAUAAAGAAAUCAGUGUUAUUUUAUGUGAAACCAAUAGCCUCAAUGACUCAAUUAAUCUAUGUCUUGCAUAGCAGCAAGACACUCCGUACUUAG